AUGCAGGCCUACGCCGGCGCGGCGGGGGCCCCGAGGCAGCCAGGCCACAGCGGCGUGCCGCCCGCGGUGACCGCCGCGCCCCCUACCGGCCACACGGCCGCGGGUGACUACAGGACACCUGUGCGCUCAACAGCUACCGCGCCCGAGCGGACGCCGCUGCGGCCGGCGCACGCGCCGCAGCAGCCGGGCGGCGGGGUGGGGGGCGGCGGCGGCGGCGGGUCCCCUGUGACAGCGGCGCUCGCGGCUGCGCGGGGGCCAGCCGCCAUCCCUGUGAGGUUCUUCCCUCCCUCGGCGAAGAAGGCGGCAGAGCGCGCCGCGCGCCGCGAGGCGCAGCGGGAGGUAUGGGGCACGUGGCUGCCGUCGGCCGCCGGCGGCGGCGGCGGGGCGGCCGACUCGCAGCGGGGCGGCGGGGCGGGGCCCGGCGACGGCGUGGCUGCCAGGGCGUUGGCGGCUGCGGCGCCCUCCCAGGAUCUGAGCGAAGCUCAGGCGGAGCGCGCCCCCGAGCAGCAGGAGCAGCAGGAGGAGCGCCGAGGCCGCGAGGGGCCGGCGUCCCAGCUCGGCAGCGCCGGCGCGGCGUGGCCGCGUGGCGCGAGCCCGCCGCGGGCGGUCGCCGAGGACGGCAGGCUGCAGCGCAGGGCGGGCGGGCGCGGGGCGCGCGGGCAGCCGGAGAUGCUGCGGCGCUUCCUCAUGUCGGACGACGCCUGA